CUAGUAGAACACUUGUUAUUAAUUGAAAACAGUGAGACUUCGUAAAAUGGCAAAGUUAUACGUGUUUUAAUUGCCAAACGCGUUACAUAUCUAAUGUGAUUCUUGCCAAAGAACACACUUUUGUAAAAUCUCGCGAUAUCAUAGAAAAGCAACUUCUACACUCUUAGCAAGCUGUCACUGAAAAAAGAUACCAAGGCCUGAAGAUCUAAGAAUUGGGUGAAAAUGAGACUGAAGACCUCGCUCCUAAAGGAGCCUAAACAUAAGGAGCUGGUGAGUAGUGUGGGCUGGACCACUGCCGAUGAGCUGUACUCCUGCAGCGAAGACCACCAGAUCUUCAGGUGGAACCUGCUGACCAAUGAGACGGUGCUGGUGGUGAGGCUGCCUGAGGAGAUGUUCCCCGUGGACCUGCACUGGUUCCCCAAAGCCGCGGGCCGGAAGCAGGGCCAGGCCGACGUCUUCGUGCUCACCAGCACUGACGGGAGGUUCCACCUGGUGUCUAAGACCGGCCGCAUGGAGAAGAGUGUGGAGGCCCACCGCGGGGCUGUCAUGGCCGGCCGCUGGAACUACGAUGGGACUGCUCUCAUCACAGCUGGAGAGGACGGACAGAUCAAGAUUUGGUCUAAGAGCGGAAUGUUGAGAUCCACUCUGGCACAACAAGGCUCCCCGGUGUACUCAGUGGCGUGGGGGCCAGACUCUGACAGGAUCCUGUACACCUCAGGAAAACAACUCAUCAUCAAACCACUGCAGCCCAGCGCCAAGGUCCUCCAGUGGAAGGCGCAUGACGGCGUGAUUCUGAAGGUGGACUGGAGCUCGGUGAAUGACCUCAUCCUGUCCGGGGCCGAGGACUGCAAGUACAAGGUGUGGGACAGCUAUGGCCGCCUCCUCUACUCGUCGUCCUCUCAGGACUACCCCGUGACGUGCGUGGCCUGGGCGCCGGACGGAGAGCUGUUUGCUGUGGGCUCCUUCAACACCCUGCGGCUCUGUGACAAGACCGGGUGGUCGUACGCUCUGGAGAAGCCCGCCACGGGCAGCGUGUUCAGCGUGGCCUGGUCGGCCGACGACCAGCUGGCCGGGGCCUGUGGGAACGGACACGUCAUCUUCGCCCAUGUGGUCGAGCAGCGCUGGGAGUGGAAGAACUUUGAGAUCACGCUGACCAAGAGGAGGACCAUGCAGGUGCGGAAUGUGUUGAACGAUGCCGUGGAUGUGCUGGAGUUCCGGGAUCGGGUCAUUAAGGCAUCCCUGUCACAUGGUCACCUGGUGGUCACCACCUCCCUGCAGUGCUACGUGUACAGCACACAGAACUGGAACACCCCGCUCAUCUUCGACCUGAAGGAGGGGUCCGUGAGUCUGAUCCUGCAAGCCGAGAGGCACUUCCUGCUGGUGGACGGCGGGGGCGUGUACGUGUUCUCGUACGAGGGCCGGCUCGUCUCCACCCCGAAGUUUCCCGGGAUGCGCACGGACCUCCUGAACACGCAGACCGUGUCGCUUAGCAACGACACCAUCGCCAUCCGCGACAAGGCCGACGAGAAGGUCAUCUUCCUGUUUGAAGCUCUCACAGGAAAAGCCCUGGGAGACGGCAAGCCCUUAACCCACAAGAUGGAGGUGGUGGAGAUCGCCCUGGACCAGUGCGGUACUGUGAACGAGCGGAAGAUCGCGCUCAUUGACAGGAACCGCGACCUCUACCUGACCUCUGUUCGCCGGUUUGGCCGUGAGGAGAAGGCCAAUAAGAUCGGAACCAUGGUCCACACGAUGGCGUGGAACGACACGGCCAACAUCCUGUGUGGGGUCCAGGACGUGCAGUUCACCGUGUGGUACUACCCCAACGUCGUGUGUGUGGACAGAGAGCUGCUGCCCAAAACGCUCUUCCUGAAGGACGCCAGUGAGUUCAGCCGGGCGCCCCAGAUCCUGAGCUGUGUGGGGACGCGUGUGACGGUUCGGCGAGCGGACGGGUCGCUGGUGCACACCGCCGUGUCGCCCUGCCCCGCCCUCCUGCACGACUACGCAGGCUCCGCCCGCUGGGACGACGCCCUGAGACUCUGCCGCUUCGCUAAGGACCAGACACUGUGGGCGUGUCUCGCUGCCAUGGCGAUGGCCAAUAGGGAGCUGACCACGGCGGAGGUGGCCUACGCAGCCAUCGGAGAGGUGGAUAAGGUGCAGUACAUUAACUCCAUAAAGGAUCUCCCCUCGAGGGAGUCCUCUCUGGCUCACAUGCUGCUCUUCAGUGGGCAUGUGCAGGAGGCAGAGGCAGCUCUGCUGCAGGCAGGGCUCAUAUUCCAGGCCAUACAGGUGCACAUCAACCUGUACAACUGGGACAGGGCUCUGGAGCUGGCGGUGAAGCAUAAGACUCAUGUGGACACGGUGCUGGCGUACAGACGCAGGUUCCUGCAGGACUUCAGCAAGGAGGAGACCAACAAGCGUUUCCUGCAGUACUCUGAAGGGGUGGAGGUUGACUGGGAGAAGAUUCAGGCCAAGAUGGAGAUGGAGAUCGCCAAGGAGCGCGAGCGGUCUGCCACAGCGCCUGUGCGCAGCAGCGUGGUGUCACGCCGGUGAAACCCUUCCCACAAUGCACCGGGAGGCGCCACGCUCACCUGUACAUACCUGUAUAUACCUGUCUCCCUGGAGAAUCCUGUUCACCUGUACUUACCUGUGUCUCUGGAGAAUCCUGUUCACCUGUACUUACCUGUGUCUCUGGAGAAUCCUGUUCACCUGUACGCACCUGUGUCUCUGGAGAAUCCUGUUCACCUGUACGUACCUGUGUCUCUGGAGAAUCCUGUUCACCUGUACGUACCUGUGUCUCUGGAUAAUCCUGUUCACCUGUAUGUACCUGUGUCUCUGGAUAAUCCUGUUCACUUGUACUUACCUGGAGACGCCAUGUUCACCUGUACAUACCUGUACGUACCUAUAUGUACCUGUUUGCACCUGAGAGAGGUGGAGCUCCGUCUGCCAGCCUCCUGUCUCCAGCCCCGCUCACUCUGGCUCUGGGCUCCACCCCUAGCCCUGGUCUCUGUGCAGGUAACCCAGGUAGCAGGUCUCUGUGCAGGUAACCCAGGUAGCAGGUCUCUGUGCAGGUAACCCAGGUAGCAGCUGUUCUGAAGUCUGUUUGGCGCUGUGUGGGUUUCACACCUGGGACAGGCGCUUUGACCCUGUACUCACGUGACAUUUUACUAUCGCCCACUUUCACUCACCAAUAUUCACAACAAAAUUAUUUCACAUGAUUUUGGUUAAGGACAUAUUCUCAGGGAUCUGCGAAAGAAGAUUUUACAGGCAUCUAAAUAUUUCUCGCACACACACAAACACACACAUACACUCUCACACACACAUUUUAAACAUUUCUGAGCAAUAUUUAUGCAGCCAGGUCUGUAGAAUUGUAUUAAUGUUUCUGAACCAGCUGCACUAUGCUCUGCUCUGUUUAUAUACAUUCCUCUUAAGAGUGUAAUUUCAAGGCAAUAUAAUGUGUGUAAACUUUA